GACAUGUCCUUGGCUCGGUCGCCUUGCCGCAAUACGCUUUGGUAAACCAAGGCAACCACUGGCUUGCUCUGCUCAACCACAAAGUGUGGCCUUCUCCAUUCGGUUGUGAGAUGCGCACAGCCCCAUCAUCUACCACUUGCAACGGGGGGCUUUGUCUGGGCUGGCAACAUGCCAACUUUCGCCGUCUGGACGUCCACGGCCAGCGCGUGACCCGUUGAGCGAGUGCUGACGGCCUCACCUCUACCCGGCGAAACGAUUCCACUCCUCUCACUCGUACCAUUCCGCCAGGCCCGGCAAGAUGAACACCCGAACGCCUAUCCAACGAUCAACCUCUGCUGCUGUGCUUAGUCUCUCCUUCUCUGCUUCCCGCAAUCGCUUCAUCGCAGGCCUGUCCGACGGCAUACAGGUAUUCCGUUCAGACAAUUGUUUGACGACAUCCAAGCCGCGGCUUCCGAAAGAUGGCGGCGUGGCGAUCGCCGCGGCGCUCGAUGACAGAUAUAUUGCUUAUGUCGCUGGCGGCCGCACUCCUGGCGGAAGUCCGAAUGUCGUGGUAUUCUGGGACUGCCUUCACAAUGUCUCAGUCACAGAACUAGAUUUUUACGAGCCUGUGGUCGGGUUGAGACUCAAUCAAAGAUGGAUGGUGGUGCUUCUGCUAGAGCGCGCGGUCGUCUUCGAAUACCAAGAGCUUCCGGCUGAGCAGCGCCUCUCGCCACAACUCGAUGAUAACCAUGAAGAUGCGCGCACCGAGACGGGAGACGCAGACCCUGCACCUUGGAGAGGCCCAAAUCGAGUCAGAUCCAUCCAUCCUACCUCCCCGAAUCCCGCUGGUGUUGCCAGUUUGAGCAACGACUUGUUGGUGCUUCCUGCCCAGACCACAGGUCAAGUUCAUUUGGUGUCUUUGACGGGUGGUUCUAAGCGAGUGCUGCGAGCACACAAUACAGCACUGCGGACUGUCGCGCUGUCUCCAACCGGAUCGACGCUUGCCACCGCUUCUGAGGUAGGGACCCUCAUUCGAGUAUAUGAGACCAACACACUCCGCCAGACUGCGGAGUUCCGACGAGGCGUUGAUAAGGCCAUCAUUCACAGCAUGGCGUUCAGUGCACGCGAACGAUGGCUGGCCGUGACCAGCGACAAGGGGACCGUGCAUGUAUUCGAAGUUCAUUCAGCCGCUGCGCUACCAGUGGAGAGCUCUUUACCAGCGUCUCGAGAAGGCAAACACCAUCGUAGCAACUACUCGAACUCCAUCUCUGGUGCACUGGCCGGUCAGGACAGAAACCUCCUCUCGGGUCGCUCGAGCCCAUCCACUAUGACGGCUGCACAUCAAGGCAGCAUACAAGAGUACUAUGGACUACGACCUCCUCCGCCGAGCGCUUCUCCCGCAAGUCGCGAACCGACGGUGACCGCAAUGUCUGCGUUCAAAUCCUCGGCUCUCGCUCCCAGGAUAUUUAAGGACGUCCGGAGCGUGGCAAACUUGCCCUUUCACAUCGGUAACGACCCUCCACACUGGCAGGGUGGGGUGGCGUCUUCGUGGACCACAGCACCUGAUGGAACGCGGAAGCGUGUGCGAAAUCCUGUGCCGGCGUUACCCACGGAUCAAAGUGGUCGCCCGCCGAAGGGCAUCGUGGCGUUUGCGGGCAAGGAGCUGGGGCGAAAUGAUGACGACGGUGCCGUGUUAUACGUCCUGGGAGGCGGUAUUGACUCGAGGUGGCAAAUGUUCGAGCUUGUACCCAUCGAUGGCGGAAAAUGGGGAUUGGCGAACCGGGGGUUUAGAAAAUACAUGACGAGGCAAUUCGCUGACGACUAGCUACACGGCCUGAAUCAAAUGAGGAAUAAUCGCAGAGCUGCUCUAAAGCACAUA